AUGCGAGUAUUUUUGCAACAAGAUGAAACUGCAAUUGUGUUUUCGAAGCAGUUGUUAGACAUUGGAAAUAAUAAAGUCGUAGUGGACACCUCGACCAAAUUAAUCACAUUACCCACAGAUUUCUGUCACAUCACGGACUCCAAAGAAGAGCUAAUUCAGCAUGUUUUCCCAGAUAUAGCGCAACAGUUCAAUAACCAUAAUUGGCUGGGUGAACGAGCAAUAUUGACGGCAAAAAAUAAAAAUGUCGAUGCUCUCAAUGCAACCAUUCAGAAUUUUUUACCGGGACAGUUGGUUUUCUACAAAUCAGUCGACACCAUUAUGAACCAGGAUGACGUAGUCAACUAUCCCACGGAGUUUUUAAAUUCGCUGGAAUUGCUUGAAUUACCACCACACAAUUUGCAGUUAAAAGUAGGAUCAGUUGUCAUCAUGCUGCGUAACAUUAAUCAACCUCGACUGUGCAAUGGCACAAAACUGGCUGUGAAAAAGCUAAUGAAUAACGUCAUUGAGGCAAAAAUCAUAAAGGGAAAGUAUAAGGAGAAGAUGUCUUGA